AUGGCUACUCGACGCCUCUCCACCACCAGUACCCUCCUAUCCGAUAAAGCAUCCACCUGUACCCUCCUGUCGCAUCUAGAACCAGGACGGGAGGAGGCAAAGACCUAUGGCACAUGCUACAAACAGCAUCUCGACGAGGCGGACCCACUUGUCGAUAUCCGUGUUGGCGAAGCCGAUGUCUACACCUCGCCCUCCACGGAAGCAAGAUUUCUGGCGAGAAAUUCGCUACCUUUAAUAGCCACAUACUUGCUCCAGUACAGCUUCAGCAUUGUCAUGGUGUUUGUGGUUGGCCACAUAGGGACCCGUGAGCUUGGCGCCGUCUCGCUGGCGACGAUGACCGCUUGCAUUACCGGCUCAGCCGUCUGCGAAGGCUUAGUGACAAGCUUGGAUACACUCUGCGCUCAAUCAUACGGCAGCGGCCGUAAAACUGACGUCGGUCUUCAUCUUCAACGAAUGGUCCUACUCCUGCUCGUUGUUAUGAUCCCCAUCGGUAUCCUAUGGCUGAACGCUGGCUCAAUAUUCCCAAGGCUCGUGCCCGACAAAGACCUAGCUCUUAUUGCUGGCUCGUUCCUUCGCAUCCUCCUCAUAGGGGCUCCAGGUCAUGCCUUCUUCGAAGCAGGCAAACGCUUUGUGCAGGCUCAAGGCAUCUUCAACGCUUCCCUUCUUGUUCUCCUCGUCUGCGCACCGCUGAAUGUACUUCUUCAAUACGUCUUCGUCUUCCAAUUUCAGUGGGGUCUUACCGGGGUUGCAUUAGCAAGCUCUAUAUCCAAGCUCCUCAUGCCCUUCAUCCUCUUUCUCUACGUCCGCUUUGUUAACCCUUCUAGCCUUGCAUGCUGGGGCGGCUUCAGCAAGGAAGCUUUCCACUCCUGGACACCAAUGAUCCGACUCUCGAUCCCCGGUGUCGUCAUGAUUGCGGGAAAACAGCUCGCUUUCCAGGCCAUAACCUUCUCAGCUUCUUACCUCACGCCCGCCCAUCUCGGCGCUCACUCUAUCUUAUUGACAGCAUGUGUAGUCAUGUUCCAUAUUCCUUUCGCCGUCUCCGUCGUCGUUAGCACACGCCUCGGCAAUCUCGUCGGUGCAGGCGCGUUGUCAGCCGCCAAGACUGCAACAAGGACAUAUUGCGCCAUGUUCGCCGCUCUCGGCUCUGCUGACGCUGUGCUUAUCUUCUCUCUGGGUAGCCACAUUCCUAGGUUCUUCUCCAACGAUCCUAUGGUCGUGAAGAUUGCGACAAAGGUUAUGCCCGUGCUGGCGGCGUACCAGUUCUUCGAUGCGACGACCUCGCUGGCGGGCGGUCUACUCUGCGGGUUUGGCAAACAGCGUGUCGCUGGCUGGGUCACAAUGACCACGUACUACUUGUUGGCAAUGCCACUGGCCAUGUUUCUGUGCUUUGGACCACCAGCGUUGGAGUUGAAGGGUUUGUGGAUCGGAUAUGCAAUUGGGUGCGGGUUGCUCACCUGUGCUGAAGGCGCCUAUUUGAGGUUCAUGAACUGGGGCUUGGUUAUAGAAGAUGCCAAAGAAAGACAAGCUUAG